CUUGCAAACUUGUGGAUCUCUCCCCUUUCGUUUGUGGUUUGAUAGUUGAGGCUUACAGACCAUGACCAAUGGUCCUAGAUCUUGUAGAGAGUUAGAGACUAAUCUCUUAACCUCUUCAAUGUAGCUGCCUUUGGUUCUGAUCCAUGGCCUUUCUGUAAGAUUUCUUCAUGUAAUAAAUAUUGAUCCAAGAGCCCUACCUAAACAAACCCACAAAAAGGAGGGUUUUUUUUUUUUGGAGUGAGUGUGAGAGAUGGGUAAAGGACACAAACACCUCUUAAAGUUUCAUCCACAGUUAUCACACCAUCACCAUGGGAAGAAGGAUCAGAAGACCAUCAUCCCAAAGGGGUACCUAGCGAUCAUGGUGGGUCAAGGAGAAGAGCAGGAGAGGUUUGUAAUCCCUCUCAUCUACAUCAACCAUCCACUCUUCAGCCAGUUGCUCAAGGAAGCCGAACAGGAGUAUGGGUUCAACCAGGAGGGCAACAUCACCAUCCCCUGUCAGGUGGAGGAAUUUCGGUACGUACAAGGUAUCAUAGACAAAGAGAAGUUCAGUCAGCACCACCACCGCCGCCGCCGGCAGCAGCUGUGGUACCGUUCUUAUUUUCGUCUUCCUGUGGUCGGGUGUUUCAGGGCUUGAAGGUGCUGAUUCGUUCAUGAGCUUAUCCUUUUUAUCUUAAACGGGUCUUCCAGUCUGAGCUUUGCAACCCGCUAUAUUAGGACGUGCAUGAUAAAAUAAAUUGGAUUGGACGGCUUUGUAUA